AUGGAUCCUAGUUUGUAUAAAGCUGUACAAGAGGGCAAUCUUAAUGCCAUGAGAGAAAAGAGGGAACUUAUCAGCGCCACUCAAUUGACACCAAACAAGAAUACUUUACUUCACGUUGCUGCCCAGUUCAACAACUCCGGGGAAUGCGCAUCAGCAAUCCUCAAGAUAAAUGGAUCCUUAUUCCAUGAAGUGAACUCAGAUCAAGAGACCGUGCUCCACGUUGCCACAAGAAAUCGCAAGGGGAAUGUUGGGGAAGUGAUUAUGGAAUUCGCAAAGGGAUUAGAUCGAGAUCAGCUUGAAGCUGGAGGCAUAGGCGAAGAACUCAAAUGGUUGCUAACAUCGAAAAAUAUACAUGGAGACACUGCACUGCACGAGGCUAUAAGGAAAAAUCGUCCAUCUAUGGUCAAUUCGAUGAUAAAAGAAGACCCUGAAAUUGCAAAUAUAGCAAAUAAUGCAAUGGAAACUCCACUUUUUCUUGCGGUUGCUAGCGCUCGAGUUGAUGAGAACUUGUCUACAUGCAUGGAUUACAUAAUGAAAUAUUGCCCCUCGCCGGCUUACAGUGGACCAGAAGGAAGAACUGCUCUACAUGCUGUGGCUUUAUAUAAUAAGAAAGGAAUCUCAAAAAAGUUGUUGGAAAAACAUCCAACUAUAAUAAAGGAAGUAGAUGAUUUUGGAUGGAGUGCUCUCCAUUAUGCUGCCCUACAUGGAUCCAACGAAGUAGCAGAGGAACUAUUAGAGGCUGAUAGAUCAAUAGCAUACACAGUUGUAGAAAAUGAUAACAAUAAGACAGCUCUUCAUAUAGCAACUUGUGAGGGGAACGUAAAUAUAAUGAAAGAGAUUUUAGCAUAUUGUCCUGAUUGCUGGGAGAAGGUUACAAGAGACGGCCGAAAUAUUCUACACCUUUCCGUGAAAUUAAAAAAACAACAGGCAUUUAAAUUUAUCAUGAAAAAAUCAUGGGCCGGCAACCUCAUUAACCAAAAAGAUGCAGAGGGAAACACACCCCUCCACGUAUAUGCAGCAACUCCCAACUUCCACGGCUGUGAUCUUGUAAACCAUCCACUAGCAGAGAAGAAUGCCGUGAACAACAAAAAUAUGACGCCUCUUGAUGUGAUAACGUCUUCCUAUUUUUAUUCACUAAGACAGUAUGACGUGAUGAAGGAAUUAAUACAAAGAGGUGCUAACCUGGAUACCUGGAAUGUAGCGAUUCGUGAAAAUAGUUUGAUGCAGAAGAUGGAAGCUCGUCCUGAAGAUGGAGAUGAAGUGGUUAAAACAGAUACUAGAAGAGUAGCCGACACUCAUAUGUUAAUGGCUACUUUAAUAACAACAGUUGCAUUUGCUGCUGGAUUCACCGUUCCGGGUGGGUAUGAUGGAAAGGAUGGCCCGAACGAAGGCCUGGCAGUUUUAUCGAGAAAAGCAGCUUUUAAAGCAUUCAUUAUAUCAGAUACAUUAGCUAUGAUUUGCUCUGCUUGUGCUAUUUGUCUCCACUUCGAUGGAGUCUUAAUAACUGACAAGUCGAAGCUUAGGCAGUUGUGUACGGUUGCUGCAAUGUUCAUUAGUCUGGCCACGGAGGCGAUGCCUCAGCUAUGCUAUUUUACGCUACUACAAGAUAAGAAGUAUAUUUAG